CCCCGCCCCGCGCCCGCGCCAGCCCCUCGCCGCCUCCCGUCCCUCCCCCCUACAUGGCGGAGAGGGCCCUCCCGCUGGCGUCGCCCGAGCCGGACUCCUCCGCGGUCUCCACCGCGUUCGGCUCGCCGCUCGAGCCCGUCGCCGCCGCGGCGGCGGCGCCCGCGCCCGCGCACGACACGUACGUCGUGCACGUCCAGAAGGACCAGAUAUACCGCGUCCCGCCCCCCGAGAACGCGUACCUCGCCGAACGCUACCGGAACGCGCGCGGCGGCGGCGGCGGGGCGAAGAAGCAGGAGGGCCCCGCGUGCUCCCCGUGCGUGGCGCGCACGCUCGGGGCGCUGCUCGCGGCCGCGCUGCUGCUGGGCGCCGCCGUCGCCAUCGCCCUCGUCGUGCUGCGGCCGGGCGUCCCGAGCUUCUCCGUCGACAGGCUCACCGUGCGCAACGAGUCGCGGCCGCCGCGCGCGGACUACGACUUCUUCCUCACGGCGGUGAACCCGAACAAGAUGACCGCACUGUGGUACCGGAGCGGCUCGGCGGUGCUGCUGCACAAGGGGAGGACGCUGGCCAGGGGCGGCGUGGGGCAGCCGGCCGACGGCGGCGAGGACGCCACGGACUUCAGCAUGCUGCUGCGCGGGGUGCCGCACGACGGCCACACGCCCAGGGCCGUGGACAAGGCGCUCGCCGGGUCCAGGGAGCACCUCGCGCUCCAGCUGGAUGUGGAGGUCACCGUGCAGGUGCACGUCGGCGCGCUCGGGUUCGGGCAGCGGAGGCUGGCGGUGCGCUGCGAGAUCGGCGCCGCCGGGCUGAGCAAGGACGUGCACAUCUCGUCGCAGAAUUGCAGGAGCAGCUUCGUCAACUGACGAUGACGCGCGCACGCCCCCCUGGUCGUCUUGCGGUUGGGGUCGGGGCGCCUGGGCGAUCGUCGAGACUGGCGGCGCGCGCGGUUGCGCGGCGGCACGCGGAAGCGAACGGGGAGUAAGAUCGUGCGCGCGCCUUGUGCGUAAAAUGUUGUGAAAUUCUUUAGAAUCUUAUGUAAAAUUGUGACGAACUGAUCAUGGCGUU